UCCGCUGCGUAUGCGUUAUCCGAUCGAGUGGCUGCAUGUUUUGCAUGUUUCACACUUACGUAUCAGUCAGCAAAGUCAGUUUGGCCUUACAGCGCGCAGCUUAUCACAGCGAAGGUUUUCGUCAUUUUACAGCUUACACUGCAGAGGACGACAGUGCAGCUAGAUUUCCAACUGGGUUCGUGGCUUUGUGCACCUUCCUAGCUGCUAGCAUCUACCUUGCUGUGGUUGCUUUUUUCCUGUCUUAACCAUUUCCACGGCAAUAAUGGAUCAGAAGGCUGCUCCCCCUCCAUAUGACUAUGGCGCUGCCCCUUCGCAGCCGCAGUAUCAAGGCCAGCCGUACCCAGCAGGACAACAGCAGUCCUACUUCACUCCCCUUCCCCAACAGCCUGGCCCGUAUCCUGCUGGUGCCUAUGUGCCACCUCCGCAGCAGCAGUACCAGUACCAGCCUCCGCCGCCCACUGUGGUCCAUGUCGUUUCCGAUCCGCACAUGCAUCCGCACACCCAUACGACCACCACCACCGUCAUUGUGAAGAAUGAAGUGAACCAUUGCUUGCACUGCGUUAUCAGCUUGUUUUUCCCACCAUGGAUCUUCGUGUGGAUCUUCCUGUGUUUGACCAACUGAGGUGGUUAUCCAAAAACACCGUCCAUCGAAAAUGGCUUGAAGACUGUAUAACAUCGCACACGCUUGCAUAUCGCCACAACAUCAUCAAUAUUUAGAUGGUUUCCUGGUAGAAAUAAUCAGUUUUUCCUGCAUUCUACUUUGGUGUUAUUAUAGAAACGAAUACUUUCAUUUUAGUAUGUGAUUUUUGUUAUUUUCAUUUUGUUUAUUCUUUUUAUAAUCUGGCUUUUCGGUUCGAAGAGAUUGUUCGCGACUUCGCGUGACUUUUGUGGAGCUAUUCAAAAUUAUCUAACUUUUGUCGAUAAGCUUUAAAUGUAGACAUUCUAAUCGGACUGAACCUGUGACCUUUUUUGUCGGUGUAUGGCUUUAUUAUCAUGGUCGAUACUCUUUUAUAUACUUACAAGUUUACAACAGCUGAAAUGAAGUGCUUUUCGCUUGG